UUCUAUGUAGGCGUCCAUAUAAAAUGGCAAAAAUGCAAUUCACAAACUUUGUGACUUGCCAUGUGUUCCAAGAUAUAAUCUCCAACUCCAAAACAAAACCUUUUUACACGACACAUGUGUAUGUGCAAGAUAAAUUCUCUUUCAGUUUGAGGUGCAAAUCCAACUUGGUCAUCACUGGUUCCGAGUGAUCUUGCUUCAGAUCAGGUUUUUUGCUGAGAACAACUCAGAUUUUCAGUACACUGCUACUGCCAAGCAGAAGUUAAAUUAGUGUGGAUAAUGAUUGCCACGCUUGAAGACUAGAAGCAAUAAUUCAGCAGUGUUUGUGUCAAGAUCCUUUGCAGCGUGAGUAUAUCAAAGAACUGGGCUAGUUCUCAAUGCAAACACCUCAGAAUCAUAAAAUUUCUUAUGGCUCUGGUGGGUUCUAUGUUGAGCCUGUGCAAAAUUUGGACUCAUAUUGCAUACCAUCAAGCGAGAACAUAGACAAUUACUCUUCCUCUGAUAACAGCAGCCAAACAACCUACCCUUCAGUCCAAACUUUAGAACAAUAUUGCACCCUUGAAUCUGCUUCCACAGGCAACAGUUUCCCUAGCCAAAAUUCUCCACCUGCUCUCAGUUUCUCAUCUAACAAUAGUCUGUUGUCAAAGCUAGAGUCAAACUCAUAUGUGUUAAGGCCACAGCAUUCUCUUGAAAUUGCUAGUGGUUCACCCGAGGAUGAUUCUUAUUUGACGCAUGACCUUGAUGGCCUGACACAUAAGAUAAGAGAGCUGGAAACUGCUAUGCUGGGACCUAAUGCAGAUAUGCUAGAUAUCUAUGGUACCGUAAUUCCAGAACCUGAUUCAUUUUUGUUAGAGGCUGAGAAGUGGAAGAAAAUGAUGGAAAUAUCAUGUAGAGGGGAUUUAAAAGAGAUGCUUUAUAUGUGUGCAAAAGCAAUGGCUGUGAAUGAUAUGGAGACAACUGAUUGGCUGGUGUCUGAGUUGCGUAAGAUGGUGUCCAUUUCGGGCAAUCCGAUUCAGCGACUGGGAGCAUACAUAUUGGAGUCCUUUGUUGCAAGGAUCGGUGCUUCAGGAAGCACAAUCUACAAAUCCUUGAAAUGUAGUGAGCCUACUGGUAAUGAACUACUUUCUUACAUGAAUGUGCUUUAUGAAAUUUGUCCAUACUUCAAGUUUGGUUACAUGUCGGCAAAUGGAGCAAUUGCUGAAGCUCUGAGGGAGGAAAGUGAAGUCCACAUAGUUGACUUUCAGAUUGGCCAGGGAACCCAGUGGGUGAGCCUGAUUCAAGCUCUUGCUCGCCGCCCUGUAGGCCCCCCGAAGAUCCGAAUAUCAGGUGUUGAUGACUCCUAUUCGGCCUAUGCCAGGAGAGGAGGGCUUGAUAUUGUUGGGAAAAGGUUAUCCGCACUUGCACAGUCAUGUCAUGUACCCUUUGAGUUCAAUGCUGUAAGAGUACCUGUUACUGAGGUGCAACUUGAAGACCUUGAACUUCGCCCUUAUGAAGCUGUGGCAGUGAACUUUGCCAUUAGUCUGCACCAUGUGCCAGAUGAAAGUGUGAACAGUCACAAUCAUCGUGACCGAUUGUUGAGAUUAGCUAAGCAACUGUCUCCUAAGGUGGUGACUCUGGUUGAGCAGGAAUUCAGCACCAACAAUGCGCCGUUCUUGCAGCGCUUCGUUGAGACAAUGAACUACUACUUGGCUGUUUUUGAAUCAAUCGAUACUGUUCUUCCAAGGGAGCACAAAGAGAGGAUUAAUGUGGAGCAGCAUUGUUUGGCUCGCGAAGUUGUCAACUUAAUAGCAUGUGAAGGAGAAGAAAGAGUUGAACGUCACGAGCUUCUGAAUAAGUGGAGAAUGCGUUUCACAAAGGCUGGAUUUACACCUUAUCCAUUGAGCUCCGUUAUUAAUUCUUCAAUCAAGGAUCUUCUGCAGAGCUACCAUGGACACUACACUCUAGAAGAGAGAGAUGGUGCACUAUUUCUUGGUUGGAUGAAUCAAGUUCUUGUUGCAUCUUGUGCUUGGAGAUGAAAAUCCUAUAACAGUUCAUUUUUGUUACUCCAGGCUUCUAGUUAGGUUAUGUAUCAUCCUUAACUUCUUCAUACAAUUUCUCCUCACUUCAUAGUCAAAUUACUGUUCUGUAAGAGAGCUUCCUUAGUCUUUAUGUCAGCAAUGCAAGUAAUAUCAAGAAAAACUAUAUAUCCUGAAAUUUUCUGAGGUGUAUUUUAGAACAUGUAAUCCUUACCAAAGGUCAGAGUGAUGCCAAUCUAUAACUGCAAAGCAUGUAAGAUGAAAUCUAUAGCAAAACAAUGAGUAUGAAACUUCUAUUUCUUAGCUCUUA